AACCCACCCAAGCCAAGCCAGCUAUUUGCGACCCUUUCACCUCUUUCUCUGCCAAUCCCACAGAUCGCAUUCCAUUGUAUGUACAGCUACCACGGCCGUCGACGCAACCGCACGCUACCGAGUACAUACAUACAUACAUACCUGCGAGUCUACGACGUGCUGUCGCUCAUCACCUCCGUUCUCUCGCUCGGUCUUCCCUACCGUCGCAAUCCCGUAUUACUUCCACGACAUUCCCACUCUCAGUCACCUAUUCUCUGGGUCUCUAUUCUCUUUUCUCUCGGUCCCCAAAUUCCGAUUGCCAUACGACCCCCACCUUCAAGGAGCAGCAAAAGAGAAGUAAUCGGCGCGAGAGACGAUUUCUUCCCAGAGCCCAUACGAAUCCCUCCCCCAAAGACGAAGUGACAAGGAAAGAGGGAAAAUUGAGCGCAGAAAAAAAAAAAAAAAAGGCAGAGGCUGCCCAAAAACCCACCCACUACCCACGAGACCUCGUCUGCCCCCCAUUCAUAGUCAUACACUACCCGUUGCGGCCCACCGCGCCUUUUUUCUUCCUCUUCCCCUUUGCUCGACACUCGGCUUGUUCCUUUUCAUCUGCUCUUCUUCCCUCCUCCUCCCGCCGCCGGCUCUGUCCCUGCCUACGAGACCGGUAGGACCCUACUUGCUUCCGGAAUACAACCACCAAUACCCCUACAUUCCAUAAUAAUCCACGCCCCAUAUACACCACCACCCGCCGCCAUCACCGCUACUAAUACCACCUUUGCAACCACCUGACUCUUCCGCCGCCAUCCUCGACUCCUCCGCCACUGUGAGCCUGCUCCAGAGAGCCUUGACCCUGCUUUACAAGGUGGCAAGACCCCGUUUCUCAACUCGAGUCUGGUGACGGAGUUGCAUCCAUUCAAAACCACAUUUGCCUUUUGAGCCGCCCUCCUCGCUCUUUAGCAACCAACUUUUCCUGCCCCUUGGCAAUCGAAUCAAUCAACACCGUCCCCUAAACGCCAGCAAUUUCGCGAAGUACUCUCACCGACAAUCACCACUUCAUAGCACAAUCAUAGCAGCCAACUCGACAACGUUGUCAACAUGGACAACGAGCACCAGGCACAGUUCAGCGAACAAUCGCAUCUCCCUCCUCACAUCGAGCGGUCCCAAUCAAGCUCGUCUUCUUCUUCUGUCGAUCACGAACACGACGAGCACCACAUCCACCAGCCAACUCCUAUCCGACCUCGGUUGCCCAGCAGAAAGAGCAGCGGGCCGUUGGUGGUACCCCGGGACAGCUCGGCAGUGGGCCCAGUAGAUGCAGAGUUUGGACCCGACGACGUGAGGGCUAUGAGCCCACGGAGGACCAGUGAAGACAUCGAAGCACUUGGAAGGGAAGCGCGAGAAGAGCUCAAGAGACACGCAAAGGCCUUGCAAGACUCGCUCUUGACCAUCUUCAACCGCAUCGAGGCCGUCAGAGAAGAACAUGACAAGCUCGAUAACAAUAACAAGUUCCUCCAAAAAUACAUUGGCGACCUCAUGACCACGAGUAAAAUCACUGCCGCGCCAACCAAGGGCAAGAAAUAAGGAUCCUACAAACACUUCCAGCUUGAAGAGGAGGAUACAGAUUGCACCACAUCACCCCCGUUGAAUCGCUCCUUACCAUUGUGGACUCGCACUCAGACCGCGACAGCUUGAUCACCUAUAAAGGGGAACGCGCAUCCUGACGCCAUUCAGGAACAAUCACACCAAGGAAGUGCUCUUCGAGCACCCACUACACCGCCUAAUCGGACACCGCCCGCGAAGGGCAUGAUACCCCCUUGUGGCCGAAAUGGCCUAUAGCGUUAUACUGAAAACUCGUUUAUGGCUUUACGGCACGGACACGGUAUUUGGAGAGGAAAAAAAAACUUGCAUCGGCUCGCGACUUGUACACUAACGAACAUCAUCAUCAUUGGGGGUUUCGACAAACCGUCAAAUGACAUAUUGGGCAAAGGACAGCAUCAGGCGUUUCGGGUUUUUGGUAUAGGGCUACGGCCUUUGGGGUUACGUUCGCAUAUUGUUUAUAUACCUCGCCAUAGGCGGGGAGAGGUAUCGACCUCGAAUUGACCAAAGGAAAUUAUUUCAUCCAUCCGUAUCGACCUGGCUUCCGCAAUCACAAUGGGGCCAUCAAGUGACAGCUUCCAGUCUCGACCACUUUUUGUAAGAUUGACGAUACCCAAUAGUUUUCAGUCACGAACGAGCGCGGCCUGCGAAAUUUGUGGUGGUUGACCUGCGCCACACGAAGAUCCCUCACCAACUUCCGAACAUAACGAAAGCACGC